CCUGAUCACCAGUGUUUUAAACUGUGCAUCUGAGAGUUUUGCUAUUUCUUCAUUGCUUAGAUUUAUAGGCUCUGGGGCUUUGAGAUCUUCUUGAGCCAUUUUUGGUCUGUUCUGGCCCUUUAAGUGUGAGAAGCGGAGCCUUGGACUCCCAGGUCGCUGGGUUGUGACGCUGUAUGUGGGGGCGUGGUCAGAGCGGGGAAAUGGCGGCACCCUCUGCUGUUUCACGCCACUGGGUGAGGAGCAGAGGCUUAGGUGGUUCACCUGGGCCGGGCCACUAAGAGUCGCUGGGUUAUGACGCUGUAUGUGGAGGUGGGGUCAGAGCGGGGAAAUGGCGGCGCCCUCCCUGCCGCUUGCCGAGGGGACCGGCUGGGUCCCAGUCCAAUCGCCCACUCCCUCGCUUGUCUAUCCACACACGAAUGCACAACCACAGCCCACCCAGAGCCCUGCUCCCUCGCUGUUUCCCCGAGGUUGCUCUGUUGCUUGCUUGGUUGCUUGCUCGGUCGCUCACUAGGUCCAACCCUGCGCCUGGAUUCUGCACCCCUGGAUUCUGGGCGCCUGGAUUCCGCGCACCUGGAUUCCGUGCACCUGGAUUCUGUGCGCCUGAGUCCGUCCAACCGAGUUUUCCUGUGCAACCCCUGCUCCACCAGCUGCUGGUUUCGCCCCUUACCGUUUCAGAAAACUGGAUAAUGGCAGUUGAGUGAGUUUAAAACUGUCUGAAGCUUAGUGGGUGCAUCUACCUUCUGCGUGUGCCCUAUUAUUUACAAAAGAAUAAAUGGGGUGUUUGACAAGACAGCUCUGUUAAAAGAAGAGUGUUGCAAAUGGCUUCAGAAUCCAUGAAUGCAAAACAAAGUAGGAGUCACUUCACAAAGGGAAAAAGGCAACAGCACCAGCAAAUAAAGAAUAGAUCUUCCGUUGGUGAUGGUGAUGGAGACGAGUCCUUUAUCUUUGAAGCACAUGAAGCUUGGAAAGAUUUCCAUGGGUCUCUUCUUCGGUUUUAUGAAAAUGGAGACCUCUGUGAUGUCACACUAAAGGUUGGCUCAAAGUUAAUCUCUUGUCACAAAUUGGUAUUGGCUUGUGUUAUUCCCUACUUUAGAGCCAUGUUUCUCUCGGAAAUGGCUGAAGCCAAGCAAACAGUGAUCGAGAUUAGAGAUUUUGAUGGUGAUGCAAUAGAAGACCUGGUAAAGUUUGUCUAUUCUUCACGGCUCACUUUGACUGUGGACAACGUCCAGCCUCUCUUAUAUGCAGCCUGUAUUCUACAGGUUGAACUGGUGGCUAGAGCUUGUUGUGAAUACAUGAAGUUACAUUUUCAUCCUUCCAACUGCUUGGCAGUAAGAGCCUUUGCAGAAAGUCACAACCGAAUAGACUUAAUGGACAUGGCGGAUCAGUAUGCGUGUGAACAUUUUACUGAAGUAGUGGAGUGUGAAGACUUUGCAAGUGUGUCACCCCAGCAUCUCCAUAAGCUUUUGUCCUCCAGUGAUCUAAAUAUUGAGAAUGAAAAACAGGUCUAUAAUGCAGCCAUCAAGUGGCUUCUUGCCAAUCCUCAGCAUCAUUCCAAGUGGUUGGAUGAAACACUUGCACAGGUUCGUUUGCCGCUGUUGCCAGUGGAUUUUCUAAUGGGUGUUGUGGCAAAAGAACAGAUUGUCAAGCAAAAUCUAAAAUGUAGAGAUUUAUUGGAUGAAGCAAGAAAUUACCAUCUUCACUUGAGUAGCAGAGCAGUACCUGACUUUGAAUACUCUGUUCGGACUACACCAAGGAAGCAUACUGCUGGUGUGCUGUUUUGUGUGGGUGGUCGAGGUGGAUCUGGUGACCCUUUUCGCAGUAUUGAGUGCUAUUCUAUCAACAAAAACAGUUGGUUCUUCGGACCAGAAAUGAAUAGUCGAAGGCGACAUGUGGGUGUCAUCUCUGUGGAAGGUAAAGUGUAUGCAGUAGGUGGACAUGAUGGAAAUGAACAUUUAGGUAGCAUGGAGAUGUUUGAUCCUCUCACUAAUAAAUGGAUGAUGAAGGCAUCAAUGAACACAAAGAGGCGAGGAAUUGCGUUGGCCUCCUUAGGAGGCCCAAUUUAUGCAAUUGGAGGGUUAGAUGACAACACUUGCUUCAACUACGUGGAGAGAUAUGACAUAGAAUGUGAUCAGUGGAGUACAGUUGCACCAAUGAAUAUUCCCCGCGGAGGAGUUGGCUCUGUGGCUCUACUAAACCAUGUCUAUGCAGUAGGUGGCAACGAUGGAGUGGCUUCUUUAUCUAGUGUGGAGCGGUAUGAUCCACAUCUGGAUAAGUGGAUAGAAGUUAAAGAGAUGGGUCAACGAAGAGCAGGCAAUGGAGUUAGUGAGCUCCACGGUUGCUUAUAUGUUGUUGGUGGUUUUGAUGAUAAUUCUCCUCUGAGUUCAGUUGAGCGGUAUGACCCUCGAAGCAACAAGUGGGAUUAUGUGGCAGCACUUACCACUCCCAGGGGUGGAGUGGGGAUUGCAACAGUGAUGGGCAAGAUCUUUGCAGUUGGUGGUCAUAAUGGCAAUGCAUACUUAAAUACUGUUGAAGCAUUUGAUCCAGUGCAGAACAGAUGGGAGCUGGUUGGAUCUGUGUCCCACUGCAGAGCUGGAGCAGGUGUAGCUGUGUGUGCCUGUUUAAAUAGCCAAAUUCGAGAUGUAGGUCACGGGCCCAGUAAUGUGGUUGACUGUAUGUGAGUUUCAGCCAUCAACGAUUUAGUCCUGUCUGAUAGUCAAGAAAGAUGACCCGGAUUUUGUAUGACCAUCUUUGAACAAUUUUAACUACUACUAGAGUCUUAUCUAAAUGUAAACUGUUGUAUUGUGACUAAGUGCAACUUUUGGAAUAGUAGGAAAAGAAUUAUUAGUAAUUAAGUUAAAUUUGUUUCUUCCCACUUUAGCAAAUAAUUGAGUGGGGAAGGGAGACAUUGUAACCUGAAAUCAUACCUGCUCUGAAAAAAAGGUUUAAAAUCAUGCCAAAUAUUGAAAUCCCCAUUUAAAAAAGUGUAGAUGAAUCAAAAUGUAAAACAGUCAUUUGUUUAGUUGUACAUUUUCUUUUGCCUAAAGGUAUUAACCUUAGCCAGUGGAUUUUUCCUAGAGGCCAGAUUAGAACCUAUUCAUCAACACCAGGGUAUCAGGAUAGGUAAGAAACCUCCUUUUGAAGAGCAGUUCUAUUUGAUGCUGAUGAAUUUAUGCCUUGCUUUUUUCUAGGUGUUGAUUUUUCAAUUCCUUGGAUAUUUACAGAAGUAGAAACAAAUGUGUCCUCUUUCUGCAUGCCACUCGGCUGCAUUUUCAGAAACUUAUAGGAGUAUUAGAAGAUCUUAAUUUCAGUUUCACUUGUUAAGACACCAAGAGACCUAGCUGACCUAAUUCAACCUGAAUGAGUGUACACUUUUAUUUUUUCAUCUCAUACAAAAAGGAAUUUUUACAUAAUAAGCAAAAGUUGAACUAGAGGAAAUAUUAGAAGCCUUUAGAGUUGAUGUUAUUCUGGUGCCCAGUGAAGAAACCUUGAGAAAAAAUGGCACAGCUUAUGUGUCUCCUUAAUGAGGGAACCCAAAAGUAUGUUCAGUACUCUUUUUUGAUUUGAUUCUGAACUCCCUGUUUUGCUGUUUGCCACUGUCCUGGUGUUUCUAACUGUACAGACUCUGUAUUAAUUUAUUAUUAGAAAAUGAAUGCAUUUUUACAUAAACCUUAUAUAGACUGUAGUUUACUGAUUAGUUAAAGUUCAUCAUCACAAAUAAAAGAUAUUGUUGGUAAAACAGAGAAAGUUUUUUUUCCUGUUUUAUUUAAUCCCCUUUGGUAUAUUUAUUGAACUUUAAUUGAAAAUAUUUCUGUACAUUAAUUUGAAGUUAGGAUAUUCAUAUACCUACUGAUUUAACAGCUUUUCGUGGUUUAACCAGCGUUAUAAAAUGACCUAUUCAUUAUAUGUACAUAUUUUUAUAAAUAUUUAUGAAGAAUAUUAAAGAUUUUCUCUUUUGUAUUUGCAAUGAAGUUUGAUACUUCUCUUCUAGGCCUUUCUAAGUUUUCCUUUAGUUAUGCCUUAGAAUUUAGUAUAAUUCACUGCUGGUCAGUUUUCUGUUUCACAGGGAAGCAGGGGAAUGAAGAGCACUAACCCCUCUAGCUAGCCCUGAAGUUCAUUGCCUAGUUAGUAGCUCUGACCAUCCUCAUUGAAGGGCAUCCUGGGCUUGUCAGUGCAGCAGAUCAAAAAGCCACAUUACAAAGGUAGUAUCUAUUAGGUAUAAUUAGACCCUCCAAAAAAGGGGGGCAAAAUUGUAGGAGAGUUCAGCGUAGCAGAAAAAGGUCUUUCAUGAAGCAGAUUUAAAAUUUCCCAAAUUAUGCCAUUUUUUGGCAUAAUUUUUUGUUCUCUUAUAUACCUAUAACCAUAUUCAGUCAGUCCCCAAAGCAUUUAACUCCUUAGUACUUACUAGAUUGGCUACAACUGGCUGGAUGUAGAGAAUUAGUCUCAUAAUCUGGCUUCAACUGUGUAUUUGUCAUAUCUAACGGCAUUCUUGUAUUACAGUGCUUGUCGAGCUGUAGUUACUAGUUAUUUUAUUUAUUUGGUGGUGAAGGAGAUUUCGAUCUUAUUUCUAAGAUUAAAAUAUUUUUUCUUUAACAUUUCUGCCUUUGUCAUGUGUAUAGAAUUUAGGAACAUAAAGAUGUUCAUUUCCAACUGUGAUUUUUAUUUUAAAGUAGUCAUCUAGCAUACUAACCUGGUACCCCAGCUACCCAUAAAAUAUGAACUACUCAUAAGAGAAGUCACACAAAGCAGUGGAACAUGUGGCUGACUGGCACAUUGUGUGGUCAACAGUCAGAGGCACAGCCUUGAAGGACCGGGCAAUGGUUGGAAAGAUAAAUAGGGGAAUCAUAUGCACGAUCUCUUUAUUAAACACAUAUUCUUUAAGAUAUGAAAUGAGAAUCUGGCCAAAGGAAUCAUGCAGUUGAAAGAUGAUUAUAUUCAUAGGUAUAAAGAGAUGAAAUAUUAAAAGGUGGCUCCUUAAUUAUGAGGCCUGUUUACUUUCAGCUUAGGUGUUAAAAUGCCUAUCAAAAAGUGAUAUAAAAUAGAGCUAAAUUUUGACAUUAUACAUGGAAAAAAGAAAAAAUGAAAAUCUGCAUACUAUUUCUUCAGGAUGUAUCGCUAGGUGCUCUGUGUGGUUUUCCCAUGUACUUGCG